CCCCGCCCCGGCGGAGCGGCGAGAGCGGCGCGGAGGGAGCGGCGGGAGAGGAGCGGAGGGAGCGGAGCGGCGGAGCCCCCGCCCCGGCGGAGCACGGCGCGCUGGGCUGCGGAUGGAGGGCAGCCGCUCUUCUCCCCGCUACGGAUCCAUGGAAUCCACCCGCUGGCCGCCGGCUGGCGCGGGGCCAGGGGACGAGGUGGUGUCCAUGGCCGACUCCAGCGCCACCAUGGACGACAUCGAGGGAGAGCUCUUCAGGAUCGAGCGCAUCCGGGAGAUCCUGGUGCGCCGGGAGUCGGAGCUGCGCUACAUGAUGGACGACAUCCAGCUGUGCAAGGAAAUCAGCCGGCUGAAAACAGAGCUCCAGAAACUCCUGGCCCUGCCGGAGAACCAGAAAUCCAACGAGGAGAAGCAGAGGGAAGAGGAGCUGGUGCAGCAGAUCCACAAGCUGGUGGAGACGCGGGAUUUCCUGGUGGAUGACGUGGAGUUUGAGAGGCUCAGGGAAAGGGAAGAAGACAAGGAGAUGGCCGAGUUCCUGCAGAGCAAGCUCUCCAAAAGCUGCCUCCAGAGAGCAACUCCUGCCCGAGAGAAGAAGAUGACAUCGAGGGGACAGCAAACCUCAGCCCCCUACGUGACCAAGACGGGCCUGACCCUGCUCAGGGAGUGCUGUGGCUUCACCUGCUCCAUCAUGUAGGGCUCUGCCAGCGCCUGGCACAGGACACGGCCGUGGUGUGCAGGCAGAGCCCGCUCCCUGCUCUGUCCCGGGAUCCAUCACUGCCCUCGGCUCCCCUGCAGCAGCAGCAGCCAGGGCCCCGGGCUGGCUGGGCAGCUCUGGCUGCUGGCACGGCUCUGCUGGCCCCGCGUCCUCCACGGCAGCACAGACACCGUGUCCCACCCUGGCCUGGGAGCUGGGACAGAGCAGGGAGCCCACGGAACCGGACAGGGCACCCACACCUGGGCUGAGGGAUAAAAACCACCUGGGGCUGCUGCUUGAGAGCAUCCUGCUGCGCCCUGGCAGUGCCACGGGGAGCUUCCAGCCGGGAGCCGAUCCUGUCCUGGAGCCGAUCCUGUCCUGGAGCCGAUCCUGUCCUGGGGCUGAUCCCAUCCUGGAGCUGAUCCCAUCCUGGGGCUGAUCCUGUCCCGGAGCUGAUCCCAUCCUGGAGCUGAUCCUGUCCUGGAGCCGAUCCCAUCCUGGAGCUGAUCCCAUCCUGGGGCUGAUCCUGUCCCGGAGCUGAUCCCAUCCUGGAGCUGAUCCUGUCCUGGAGCCGAUCCCAUCCUGGAGCUGAUCCCAUCCUGGGGCUGAUCCUGUCCCGGAGCUGAUCCCAUCCUGGAGCUGAUCCUGUCCUGGAGCUGAUCCUGUCCUGGAGCUGAUCCCAUCCUGGGGCUGAUCCUGUCCUGGAGCUGAUCCCAUCCUGGAGCUGAUCCCAUCCUGGGGCUGAUCCCAUCCUGGAGCUGAUCCCAUCCUGGGGCUGAUCCCGUCUUGGGCCACCCCAGAGACCCUCCAGGGCUGCUCUGCUCGGCCCCCAGGGAUUUGCUUUGUUCCACACACACCAAAGGCUCCUCUCUCCUGCCCUCCCAGGGCCUUACUGGGGCAGAGAGUGACCCAGCCCGGGUUUGGUCAGGCUGAGGGGAGCCAGAGGCCAGGAGAGCCCUGGAUUCCAAACUCGCCCCUCUGGAGGCAGCUGGGCCAGAGGCAGUGCUGGUGCUGGCAGGAGGAUGGACAGGGUGUGUCUGUGAGUCCCCCUGUGACCCUCAGGAGGAUGGACAGGGUGUGUCUGUGAGUCCCCCUGGGGCCCUCAGGAGGAUGGACAGGGUGUGUCUGUGUGUCCCCCUGUGGCCCUCAGGAGGAGGGACAGGGUGUGUCUGUGUGUCCCCCUGUGGCCCUCAGGAGGAUGGACAGGGUGUGUCUGUGUGUCCCCCUGGGACCCCAGGAGGAUUGACAGGGUGUGUCUGUGAGUCCCCCUGUGACCCUCAGGAGGAUGGACAGGGUGUGUCUGUGUGUCCCCCUGUGACCCUCAGGAGGAUGGACAGGGUGUGUCUGUGUGUCCCCCUGGGGCCCUCAGGAGGAUGGGCAGGGUGUGUCUGUGAGUCCCCCUGUGACCCUCAGGAGGAUGGACAGGGUGUGUCUGUGUGUCCCCCUGGGGCCCUCAGGCUGCCCCCGGGCACACAGAACUGCUGGGAGGGCUGGAGAGGAGCCCAGCCCACAGGAGGGACACAGCUCCACGUGCAUCCACCUCACCCCAAUAAACGUCUGCUGGAAGCUCUGCAGGUGUUGUCCCUCCUGGGACCCCAGGAGAUGGCUCAGCUGUGACACAGCAGGGUGGGCAAAGAGGAGCAGAAACAGCCUGAGCAGCCAGGCUGGCCUUGGGAGCUCCCUGGAAUGCCCAGAGCAGCUCCUGGAAUGUCCAGAGCAGCCCCUGGAACGCCAGAGCAGCUCCUGGGAUGCCCAGAGCAGCUCCUGGAAUGCCAGAGCAGCCCCUGGAACACCCAGAGCAGCUCCUGGAACACCAGAGGAGCUCCUGGAACACCAGAGCAGCUCCUGCUGCUGCAGCAGGACCCCAGCCUCCAUUUCUGCUCUGACCCACACCUCACUUGUGGUCCCUCAGUGUCCUCACUGGCCAUGGGGACAGCCGUGUCCCCACCUGUCCCUCACAGGGCAGGGGACAGCCGUGUCCCCCUCACAGGCAGGGCAGAGCUGCUCCUGUCCCAUGAGCUCCUGCCAUCUGAGAGGGUGGCACCCACGCAGGUGACAGGGUGGCCUUGUGUGGGGACAGCAGAGUCACCUCUCAGGAGGGGUGCAGAUGACCCUGUCCCUUUGGAAAUGUCACAGCUGGGAUGAGAGGCAAGGGCACAAAGGCCCAGCACGCUCAGGGAUGAGUCAGGAGCUGACUGUCCAGAGCAGGCAGCAGCUCCUGGUGGCACCGCCAGUGUCUGUGACAGCUCAGGACCCCCGAGAGCCACGCAGGGCUCACUCCCUCCAGCAGGAAAUGAAGAGAUGCCUUAAAACAUUUGCUAUUUUUUUUAGUCUGCAGUAUCUGCAGGGUUCUCUGGCCUCUCCUGUCCCUGCUGCUGCUCGCAGGCAGGGCAGGAU